AUGGCUGUAUCACAGGUAUCGCUUGACGAGCUGCGCAAGCAUGAUAGGAAAGAGGAUUGCUGGAUCGCAGUACAUUCAAAGGUCUGGGAUUUCACAGAGUUCGUUGACGAGCAUCCAGGCGGAUCAGAAAUUCUUUUGCAAUGCGCGGGGACUGAUGCAACUCGUCAAUUUGAUGAAGUUCAUGCGCCUGGGAUACUCGAAGAGAAUCUGUCAGACGAUAAGCUGAAAGGGGCCCUGGCGGUAGAAGCGAGUAGCCAUGUUGUUCAUCGCAAGGAAGCCGUGCCUGAAGUCACGAAUGAUCAGAAGGUUGUGGCAAAAAUCCCAGAUGCGCUCGGCCUACCAGAGCUUCACACCCUGAUCAAUGCUGCCGACUUUGAAAAGGCAGCCAGCAAGUCCUUGACGGCCAAAACAUGGGCCUUUUACUCAUCGGCAGCUACCGACCUGAUCACGCACCAGCAGAAUAAGAGCCUGUUGCGACGUAUCAUGAUCCAACCACGGAUUUUGCGCAAUGUCAAGCAUGUCGACUAUCGAAGAAGAAUCCUGGGUUGCGACAGCAGUGCUCCCUUCUUCAUAAGCCCAGCAGCCAUGGCACGAUUAGCCCAUCCAGACGGCGAGCUUGCCUUGGCCAGAGCAGCUAAAACAGAGAGCAUCAUACAAUGUAUUUCAAAUAAUGCGUCAUAUCCACUCGGAAGCAUUGUGCAGUCAGGCGAUCCGAAGCAGCCGUUUUUCUUUCAACUUUAUGUGAAUUCAGAAAGACAAAAAACAACGGAAUUGCUUCUGAAAGCCAAGGAGCUAGGGAUUAAAGCCAUCUUCGUCACGGUAGAUGCGCCAGUCCCCGGGAAACGCGAAGCCGAUGAGCGCAUCGCAGCAGAAGGGGUCCAGUCCGCCAUCAGCGGGGCCAAGGCGACAAACGACAAGAAGGGCGGUGGCCUUGGGCGGUUGAUGGCUCAGUACAUUGACAAGUCCCUUACUUGGUCUGACUUGGCUUGGAUCAAGAAGACUUCCGGCCUCCCGGUUGUACUCAAGGGGGUGCAAAAUGUGCAAGACGCAAAAAUGGCCGUCGAGUACGGCGUCGAAGGCAUAAUGCUCAGUAAUCAUGGUGGUCGAUCACUGGACACCGCCCAGCCCGCGAUACUCAACCUCCUCGAGCUGGGGCUCAAAGCGCCCGAGGUAUUUUCAAAGCUCGAGGUUUAUGUAGAUGGAGGCUUCGAGCGCGGCACAGACAUUCUCAAGGCAAUUGCCCUGGGAGCGACGGCGGUGGGAGUCGGAAGACCCUAUCUUUACUCUCUGGUACAUGGCCAAGAAGGCGCGGAACAUCUCACCCAAAUUCUGAAAGACGAGAUUGAAGUCUCCAUGAGAUUGUGCGGACUCACUAGCCUGGAGCAAGCUACACCUGACCUUCUCAACACUGCGGACAUUGAUCACCUGGUGAGGCAAUCAAACAGGUUUCCGAGCAUACCACGGAGAAAAGGAGGGGCAAAGCUAUAG